UUCUUGGAAAUGAAGAAAUAAUUACACUCCCUUCAUUUCUAAUUUUCUGCGUCUUUUCUUGCUUGUAUUAGGUGUUUGAUAAAAAGUUUCUGAGAGCGAGCGAGAGAGAAAAAGAAGUUUCUGUUUCUGUUUCUGAGAAGGAGAGAGGGAGUGAACAAGAAGAAGUUUCUGUUUCUGUUUCUGAGAAGAAGGAGAGAGAGAGAGAGAGAGAGAGGUUUGUGUAUUUAGAGGAGGUGGUAUUUGGGAUUGUAGGAGUAGGAGAAAAAAGAGUGUUUUUGGAUAUGAAGAUGGGAGAGAUGGAUGGGAGAGUAGCAUCAGAAGCAGGUGUUGCACCAACGUCAGUAGUAAUAACAGGACCGAUGGGAGGCAUGGUAGCAGCAAGAGAGGCACCUCAUCAUCCUUCUGAACAGCUACAUCACCUUUACUUCUGCAUCCACUCACAUCCAUCUUGGACGGAGAUGAUCUUCCUAGCAUUCCAACAUUACAUCGUGAUGCUCGGAUCAACGGUCAUGAUUUCUGCCAUUCUUGUUCCGAAAAUGGGAGGGAACAAUGGUGAUAAGGCCCGCGUAAUUCAGACAUUGCUGUUCAUGAAUGGACUGAAUACACUCCUUCAGACACUCAUGGGGACCCGGCUUCCUACUGUGAUGAAUGCAUCCUUCGCGUUCAUCAUUCCAGUAUUAUCGAUAAUCAAUGAUUUCAAUGCGGGGUCCUUCUCAAAUGAGCAUGAGAGAUUUGUCCAAACAAUCAGAGCGAUCCAAGGAUCCCUUAUCAUUUCUUCCUUUGUGAAUAUUAUCAUCGGGUACAGUGGAACAUGGGGAAGUUAUUCAAGGUUCUUCAGUCCUGUUGUGAUCAUUCCAGUGGUUUGUGUGGUAGGGCUUGGACUGUUUGAGAGAGGCUUCCCUGAGGUUGGAAAAUGCAUAGAGAUCGGCUUGCCUAUGCUGGUUCUGUUGGUUGUAUCCCAACAAUAUCUGAAGAAUAUCCAUGAGAGAGCACACUCCUUAAUGGAGAGAUUCGGGCUGCUUUUCUCCAUCCUGGUUAUAUGGUGUUUUGCGGCGAUUCUUACCGGCAGUGGAGCAUACAAGAGCGUUCCUGAGAAGACUAAGCAGCAUUGCCGCACCGAUAGGUCCCACCUCACGGCUUCUGCUCCAUGGAUCAGAAUUCCAUAUCCAUUUCAGUGGGGCACACCCAUUUUCAGUGCAAGUCAUGUGUUUGGGAUGAUGGGCGCAGUACUUGUUUCAGCUGCUGAGUCGACGGGAACAUUCUAUGCAGCUGCACGGUUCUCAGGUGCCACACCACCUCCCGCUCAUGUGCUUAGUCGAAGCAUCGGUCUUCAGGGUGUAGGCUUGUUGCUCGAAGGGCUAUUUGGCGCCGUAGUUGGUUCGACUGCAUCCGUUGAAAACGUCGGACUUCUUGGAUUAACGAGUGUCGGAAGUCGAAGAGCGGUGCAGAUAUCGACCAUUUUCAUGAUCUUCUUCUCCAUCUUUGGGAAGUUUGGAGCCUUCUUCGCAUCAAUUCCGCUCCCUAUAUUUGCUGCCAUACACUGCGUUCUCUUUGGACUCGUCGCUGGUGUCGGCGUCUCAUUUAUGCAAUUCGCAAACUACAACUCGGUGCGGAAUCUAUACAUAUUGGGCCUUGCAUUGUUCCUUGGUAUAUCUGUUCCUCAAUACUUCAACAAUUUCUCAAACUCGGCGGGCCAUGGCCCAGUCAAAACGGGUGCUGGAUGGUUUAAUGAGAUCUUCAAUUCGAUCUUUUCAUCACCGCCGACAGUCGCAUUGAUCGUCGGGACGCUGCUCGAUAACACACUGGAUGCCAAACAGACGGCCGUGGACCGAGGGCUACCAUGGUGGGCCCCAUUCCAGACCAGGAAGGGAGAUGUGAGGAAUGAAGAAUUCUACAGCUACCCUCUCAACAUAAAACAUCACUUCUCAUUCCCAACCAGAUUUUUCUACAUCCCAACCAGAUUUCGCUAAUUACUGCUUAACGUGCAUGUACAUUUUUUUUUUUUCCUUCUUAUAAGAUUUGAACUUUAGAUUAUAUAAAUCAGAGGUUUGCUAA